UCAAGGUUUGGAGCCCAAUAUGCGAGACAAAGUUAUCUAUUCAUCUCCAAAUUUUGAUCCCAAAGUUUUCCUUUCGUGGGUCCACAAAGACACGAGCGCUGCUGACUUAGAGGCUAGUGCUCUCACCUUGAAAACUGAUCUCAAAGGGAGAACACAGCAGAAAAAACUGUUAGUCAAGGAGAACUUUGAUUGUUUUGUCUCGUGCAAAACUACAAUAGAUGACAUUGAGUCGAAAUUGAGACAAAUAGAGGAAGAUCCUGAAGGUGCAGGUACUGCUCACUUGUAUUCAGUGACACUAAAAAUUAGUGGUGUGGCAAAUCGUGCAUUUGAGCCUCGAUUAUAGAAUUUUGUUAAUGUCUCAUAUAUGCUCAACUCUUGGAAGAUUUCCAUUUAAUAAUACUAUAAUCGACGCCGAGGAUGGUGGUCCGUAAAUACCAUGUCACCCCAAUCCCCAUCGCCCCCAAGACACAGAUUUGGGGCCACCCCAAUCCCCAUCCUCGACUGCGCUCUCUAAGGAAUACUGAUGCUUUGGUGUCAACUUUGGCUCUCCAAUACUUUACAAGGUAUAUACGAUUUAUUAUUGGUUAUGGGUUAUGGGGGCUUUGAGUCUUCGAUCUAACGAUAUAUUAUGGGAGCUCCGAGUCCUCAAUCUGGUAGUUGUGGGAUAUGCUUGUAGCCAGUCGUUCUGAUGAUUCCAAUAGGCUCUUUCUUAGGGUUGGAUCUCCUCAUGGUUUUCUUUUAAUUAAAUAAGUUUG